GCUCUGACAGGUACAAAUAAGACAUAACCCUUUUAGCAAAAAGUUAGAUUUCAAAUGCAAAGAAGGUUAGAUAUGUUUCUGAAGGUGACAUAAUGAUAAAACACAUGUGAGAGUUGUUACUUACAAAAAAUGUUCAAAGAUCUUAGUUGCAAAGCCUUGAAAAUUUGGUGGGAUUUGUUUUAGUUUAGUUUAGUUUCACUUUUUGGUUGUGUUGGGGUCAGAUAACUCAGAUUCAGUUCAAUGUGCCAUCUCCAACAUUGCUGAGUUCACACUUUAAUGCACUUGGUAUAAAGUGGAUUUGCUGCUGUUUCUCCUUGAUUCUUGAUUUUUCUGAUGUGAUUUGAUGCAAAAUCUGGGAACUGGUUUGAAGAUUAACUGCUUAAGUGGUUGAUUCAGAAUCCCAGUCUGCAGUUUUCUUGUUCAUAUUUCAAGAACUAACCAAACUGAAAUUUUGAUGGGUGUAGAUUUUCUUGUUCAAUUUGCUUUGACUGGGUUGCUGUGUAAUUGGUGAAAACAGCACAGCUUUAAAGCUUGAAUGGCUCCUGGAAUUCUUUUUGGUUGCAAUAUCUUGCAGAACAGGCUUUGAAAGGCUAACAAUACAAGAAGACAAUAGCUCAGACUCUAAUUAAAAUUAUAGAGGAAAUAUGGUUCAAAAACUAGAAGCUAUCAAGGGUGGUGGAGGAUCUGUUAAGGUGGGGACUACUGGGACAAUCAGUUCCCUGAUGACAAGGGAACUGGACUCCAUUAAACCAGCACCGCAGACACCUGCAUCUUUUAGACACAAACCUCAGACAGUUCCUGUAUCAGUUGCCUGUGGUUCUGCUACUCCUAAAAGAUUACAGUUGAGGAAAUCGUUGGACGGAGCAAGCACCAGUGGCAGUAGCAACAGCAUGAGUUAUAAAAGCCCUCAAACUGCCCAGAAGACAAAAAGCCUUCCUAAAAACGUCCAUCAGAUUCCAAUGCUUGGCUCUGAUAAUAUUGCUUUGGAUAGAACUCCUAACAGACAGAAAAGUGACAAAAAGGUAUCUAACAUUGUUGAAGUUGUGGACAUAAAGUGUGGAAAUCCGGAUAGAGCAUGGGCUAGCCCUAUAACAAAUCGUCUCAAGAAGCUUGGGUUCUCUAAGCUUUCUGAGAGCAUUGUCUAGACCUGCAACUUCUUCACAUCAGAUUUCAGGUUCCUAUAACCGAACCCUGAAAUCCCAACUGGCCUGUUCUCUGAAAUUUCCACCAUGGAACACAUGCUUGGUAGGAGCUUGCUGCCUCCUAUCUUCUUCUUCUUCUUCUUCUUCUUCU